GAGAGAGAGAGCGAGCGAGUCAAAGCCGAUUACAGUUUAUCGCGUCUGUGAUUCUGUCACUGUCUGUCCACUUAAGGGUUCUCCCUUUGUGAACGACACACCUUUCGCUUUCUCCUGAUUGUUUGUUGUUUGUUUGCCGAAUAGAAUGGAUUUAUUCUAGUGUUUGUGGGACUUGGACAUAUUUACUAUGAGUUCCUCUGCAGAAGCGCUCUCGUCAGCGCGGCAACUUUUUGGUGCGCCACGGUGCCGCUAAGCUGCGCGUCUCUCGAUGGGAAAAGUUCAAACGCAACCCUCAGUGAACAUGGGCUCGCGGUGAAAGCUUUGGUUGUCUUCUCUCGUCAAAACCGUACGACACUAUGCAGAAAAGCGUCCGCUACAAUGAAGGGCACGCGCUGUUUUUGUCAGCAGUCGCGCGUAAAGAGGGGACUAAGCGCGGCUACCUGAGCAAGAAAACGGCGGAGAACAGUCGAUGGCACGAGAAAUUCUUUGCCCUCUACCAAAAUAUACUGUUUUAUUCCGAAAACGAGCAGAGCGCGAGACCUGCCGGGAUAUACCUGUUGGAAGGAUGCACCUGCGAGCGCUCCCCGGCUCCCAAAAUGUCCGCUGCUGGAAAGGAAGCCCUGGAGAAACAGCACUACUUCCUCAUCGUGUUUGGUCACGAUGGACAGAAGCCUCUGGAGCUGCGCACAGAGGAGGAGAGUGAGUGUGAUGAAUGGGUGGAGGCCAUCCAGCAGGCAAGUUACUCUGACAUCAUCAUUGAACGAGAGGUGCUGAUGCAGAAAUACAUCCACCUUGUGCAGAUAGUGGAGACUGAAAAGGUGGCUGCUAAUCAGCUGCGCACCCAGCUGGAAGAUCAGGACACAGAAAUCGAGAGGCUCAAAGCAGAGAUUAUAGCUCUGAACAAAACUAAGGAGCGAAUGCGGCCUUACCAUGUCAACCAUGAAAAUGAAGACCCGGAUAUCAAAAAGAUCAAAAAGGUGCAGAGUUUCAUGCGGGGCUGGCUCUGUCGGAGGAAGUGGAAGAUUAUUGUUCAAGACUACAUCUGCUCUCCUCACGCUGAGAGCAUGAGGAAGAGGAACCAGAUCGUCUUUAACAUGGUGGAGGCAGAGACAGAGUACGUGCACCAGCUCUAUAUCCUGGUCAACUUUUUCCUCAGACCUCUGAGGAUGGCUGCCAGCUCUAAGAAGCCCCCCAUCAGCCACGACGAAGUCAGCAGCAUCUUCCUCAACAGUGAGACCAUCAUGUUCCUUCAUGAGAUUUUCCAUCAAGGCUUGAAGGCGAGAAUAGCCAACUGGCCAACUCUGGUGCUGGCUGACCUAUUUGACAUCCUGUUGCCUAUGCUGAACAUCUAUCAGGAAUUUGUGCGUAACCAUCAGUACAGCCUGCAGAUUUUGGCCAACUGUAAGCAGAACAGAGACUUUGACAAGCUACUAAAACAGUAUGAGUCUAACGCCGCCUGUGAGGGACGAAUGCUUGAGACCUUCCUCACGUACCCCAUGUUCCAGAUUCCUCGCUACAUCAUUACUUUGCAUGAGUUAUUGGCACACACGCCUCAUGAGCAUGUGGAGCGCAAGAGUCUUGAAUUCGCCAAGUCCAAAUUAGAGAAUCUGUCCAGAGUAAUGCACGACGAGGUGAGCGACACAGAGAAUAUCCGGAAGAACCUGGCUAUAGAAAGGAUGAUAGUGGAGGGCUGUGACAUCCUGCUGGACACCAGCCAGACCUUUGUCAGGCAGGGUUCACUGAUCCAGCUGCCGUCAGUGGAGCGAGGGAAGCUAAGUAAGGUCCGUCUGGGCUCUCUCUCUCUGAAGAAGGAAGGGGAACGUCAGUGCUUCCUCUUCACCAAACACUUCCUCGUCUGCACACGCAGCUCUGGAGGAAAAUUGCAUCUUCUUAAGCAAGGUGGAGUUUUGUCCCUGAUUGACUGCACACUCAUAGAGGAACCAGAUGCCAGCGACGAGGAGUCUAAAGCUAGCGGUCAGGUAUUUGGUCAGCUGGACUUUAAGCUCGUAGUAGAGCCUUCAGACACACCUCCAUUUACUGUGGUGUUACUAGCACCAUCGCGGCAGGAGAAGGCGGCAUGGACCAGUGAUAUUAGCCAGUGUAUAGAUAACAUCCGCUGUAAUGGCUUGAUGACAAGUGUAUUUGAGGAGAACUCUAAAGUCACUGUGCCUCAUAUGAUCAAAUCCGAUGUGCGUCUCCAUAAAGAUGAUGUUGACAUUUGCUUCAGCAAAACGCUCAACUCCUGCAAGGUCCCCCAGAUCCGCUAUGCCAGCGUGGAGCGGCUGCUGGAGAGGCUGACCGACCUGCGCUUCCUCUCCAUAGACUUUCUCAACACCUUCCUGCACACAUACAGGAUUUUCACCACGGCAACGGUGGUCAUGGACAAACUGGCCGACAUCUACAAGAAGCCCUUCUCCUCCAUACCUAUCAGGGCGCAGUACCACUCAUUUGACCGUCUGUCAAUCCUGUCCAUCUCUCCCGACUACAGUCUGAAGAUCAAGAAGAUAGCCAUGGAUCAGUCCAAGUCCUUGGAGCUGUUCUUUGCCACCAAUCAGAACAACAGAGGUGGCGAGCACAUAAACGACAAAUCUCCUCGUCUUUGCCGCAAGUUCUCCUCUCCACCUCCUUUGUCCAUCCAGUCCCGUACCUCUUCCCCUGUCCAGACGCGAAAGCUUUCCCUCCACUCCCCCAUCACCGCCAGGGUUGGAGGCCUCGACCUAACCAGUCCUUUUUCAAACUCCAGCGUCAACCAUAACACUUCCCAGUCUGCUGCCAGUAGCCCCACAUCUGCCCAUACUCCCCAAACCCCCCAAACUCCAACCACAUCCUCUUCUCCUCCUCCCUCUUCCACCUCUCCCCCACCCAACAACUCCAAGCCACCGCAGGACCAAGCUCCUCCCAUUCCCUUGUCCCCGGACCAGAGUCUCUGCUCGACUGCAGAGGGGGAGGAUGUGCCAAAGAUCGACCCCUUCUGUGGCAAAGUGAGACGGAGCAUCCGCAGAGCUGUGCUGGAGUCAGUGGCGGUGGAGAAAAUCAUCCCAGAGUCUCCUCAGAGCAGUGAAGCAGGAGACAUGUCUCCAAGUCGAUCCCCUUCUACACCUCGACACCUCCGCUACAGACAGCCUGGAGUCCAGUCAGGGGAGAACUCACGCUGCUCAGUCUCUCCUGCUUCAGCCUUUGCUAUCGCCACAGCAGCAGCAGGACAUGGUUCACCACCAGUGUUUACUAACUCUGAACGAACUUGUGAUAAAGAGUUCAUCAUCCGCCGAGCUGCAACUAACAGAGUUCUCAACGUACUGCGGCACUGGGUUUCCAAACACUCACAGGACUUUGAGAUGAACGGGGAGCUAAAGAUGUCCGUGAUCUGUCUUCUGGAGGAGGUCCUCAGAGAUCCGGACCUCCUGCCUCAGGAGAGAAAAGCUACUGCAAACAUACUAAGUGCCCUUUCUCAGGAUGAGCAGGAUGAUGCCCAGCUGAGGAUAGAGGACAUCUUACAGAUGGCGGACUGUCCAAAGGCAGAGUGUUUCGAGUCUCUCCCAGCGAUGGAGCUGGCCGAACAGAUCACACUUCUGGAUCACAUCGUCUUCAGAAGCAUUCCUUAUGAAGAGUUCCUGGGGCAGGGCUGGAUGAAGGUUGAUAAGACAGAGAGGACGCCAUACAUCAUGAAAACUACCCAACACUUUAAUGAUAUGAGUAACCUGGUGGCAUCACAGAUUAUGACGCACACCGAUGUGGGCUCGAGAGCCAACUCCAUAGAGAAGUGGGUUGCUGUGGCUGACAUCUGCCGCUGUCUCAACAACUACAACGGAGUCCUGGAGAUCACAUCCGCGCUCAAUCGCAGUGCCAUCUACCGUUUAAAGAAGACCUGGGCUAAAGUCAGCAAACAGACUAAAGCCCUGAUGGACAAACUACAGAAGACUGUGUCUUCUGAGGGAAGGUUCAAAAAUCUGAGGGAGACCCUGAAAAACUGCAACCCUCCAUGUGUGCCAUACCUGGGAAUGUAUCUAACAGAUCUGGCCUUUAUUGAGGAGGGAACGCCCAAUUUUACUGAGGAAGGUCUUGUUAACUUCUCCAAAAUGAGGAUGAUAUCCCACAUCAUCAGAGAGAUCCGGCAGUUCCAGCAGACUCCGUACAGAAUAGAGCAUCAAGCCAAGGUGACCCAGUACCUUCUGGAUAAGACUCUCAUCAUGGAUGAAGAGACACUCUAUGAUCUCUCACUAAAGAUUGAGCCCAGGCUUCCAGCAUGAGUUACAGGUGUUUGUGGCCAGUAGGAGCCUGCCGAACCUGGACCCCAAAGGGCAACACGUCCACGUAAUCUCAUCAAUCAAGAGGAAAUCAGAAAGUUUCGAGAGUGACGUGGAAAUAAAUGCAAGAGAGAUACUGACUGAAGUGAGAGAGUCAAACAUGAGGCCAGUUGAACAAGCUUUUACAAGAGAGGGAGGAUUGAGAAGAGAACAGGCUUAGAAUUUCUAAGGUGGUGGAUUGAUUGUCUUCAAGGAGAACAAGAGAAAAAGGUUCUGCUUGCAUUGCGUGAGGGUUUUUUGGAAAUGACAUGUUGCUGUGUGUGCUCAUCAUUCCUUAGUUGAGAGUGUCGUGCAUAUGACAUCACACUUCCUCAGACAGCCUGAGAGUGCAGGAAAGGCUGAGAGCAUCAAGUGCAUGGAUGAAAUACAGUGAAUGUAACAGAGAUGUAGCAUAUACAGAUAGUGUAAGAGAGAGAUGUCUGAGCUUGUGUCUCUUUGCUGUCGUCUGUGUUCUGUUACUUGUGCAUUUCUGUGCCAUGUCUUGGAGCAAGAUCCCCAAAAUAUGCUUUAUGUCAUGAUGGUCACUGCACAAAACUUGCAUGAUUUCAGCUUGGGAUGUAACUGUCUAAAUGGCCUUCAACCUGACCCCUGACCCUCUGCUUAGCACACUUCACUCCUACCGGGUUGACUCUUUAAAUCACUAUGCAUACUCAGUGGGCUGAAUAUGGCAAAACGCCUUUAAGCCUUCAAUAGGAUGUAGAAAGAUAAUGAAAUGAACAUAAUUUAAAGUGGAAAAAUUUGAUAUAUUUUGAUAAAGUAGCCAAUUUUUCCAUUGAUAAAAUAAAGAAUUCUGCAUUUGUCUUCAGUUGGUCUUUGCCUAAAUUUAUUCGCUAUAAAUGGAAAGCUCUUUCUAAAUAACAUUCCACAUGAAUGAUACAAAAUUACAAUGUUCAUCAGUGCCUUCCCUUAGUGUAGGUCAACUUCCCCACACUUGCCAAUUUACAUGCGUAAAGUUUUAUAUAAAUCCUGCUUAGAAAUCCUAAGAUUUCUUUUACAAAUUGGACUGUAGUUUCACUUAUUCAACUUCUUUUUUCAGAAAAUAGUUCACAUGGAUUAAACAGUAGCAUGUUAGUGUAAACAGUGAAGUCAUUGCAGCAAAUAUCUCCCUCUAGUGUUUAAACAUUGUUAUAACUUCUACUGUCCCAAAGCUUUUGCAGCGUCUGUGUGCAGUUUGAUUUCUUUAGCUUUUAGAUACUGACAGAUAAUGUGUAGUCAGGUCCCAGUGUGUAAUGCUUGGAUGUGGGCUGGGACAGUUUUUGCACUCUCUGAGAUGUAGCUUUGCUUGAGUGACAGUAUGAUCGUUAUUUACAAUGCUAUUUAUUUCAUCAGAUACUGUAUUUAUGUUAUUUUUGUAUAGUGACAUAUCCACACAUAUCAAACGAUUGAAGAAAUACUUUGAAUUGUUAUGCUGUGAAUAUUCAUUUUAUUGUCUAUUUUGUCUCUCCUGUUUUUAUGUUUAACUCUAGUUUUGCAUCCAAGGCUCUUGUAUCGCAAGAAAAUCUGUUUAACUGUAUCAUAAAAAACAAUGUCUUUUGAAAAAAAAAUGUAGCAUUUGAAUAAUCAGAAUUUAUUUUCCGUAUUGUUGAUAUGAUGAACAUAUAGUUGUCCUGCAUGCACACAACAGCUGCAUGUUGUACAUGCCAGACUGGACGCUCCCUGUGCGUUCUCCCUCUGCUUCUCUAUAUUGUCUCUGUAGCUGCCAGGAGGCUCUCUUAAAAGGCAUAGACACAACAUUUUGGCCUAUUUGUCUCUCCGUAUAUCUAAUGAUGUCAAUCAUGGUCUUUAGGCUAUCUUUGUCAUCUGAAAAACAGUCUGUUGUUAUGUUGGAUGUUAUGCAGGCCUAAGUGAAAACAGAGAACUUUACUCAUAAAACAAUUAAACUUGUUCCAGAUUGAUUAGAGGAAAUGUUUUCAGGCUUUGCUUUUGGAAUCAACGUGUCCUUUGCACUGCGUCUGUAGUGUGUAUGGUAGUGUAUGUUUUACAUGUUUGUAUUGAAAACAUGCUAUGUUUGUAGUUGAAUAUCAUUUUUGUGUAAUGUUUGCAUUUUUCACGGGUAGGUUCAGGGGAAAUAAAUUCAACAUGCCUUA